ACUAAAGUUAGGUGCACUCAGCCAUCUAUUGAAGCUUGAAGUCCUUUCGAUCGUACUGUCAAAUUAACCGAUCCAACCUAGAAUGAACAUUUGCACCGCAACUCGUAGUCUGUCGGCAUUCACGCGUGAAGUAUUUGCACAGAGUUCACUCCGAAUCGUACAAAAAUAUCACUAUGUCGAAACGAAGGGGCGUCUCUUUGGACGAGAAACGUGCGCGAAUGCUACAGAUAUUCCACGAAAAGAGAGAGUUCUUUACGCUAAAGGAGAUUGAGAAGAUCGCGCCGAAGGAAAAGGGUAUUGUGAUGCAAUCCGUCAAAGAUAUACUACAAGCUCUGGCAGACGACGAUUUAGUACGUGCUGAGAAGAUUGGCACCUCCACUUACUAUUGGAUGUUCCCGGGAGAAAGUAUUACCGCGUUGGAGCGAAUAAUAGCCGAUAUGACCAAAAAGUUAGUCGAGGCGGAAUUUAGACUCCAAAAACUGAGGGAAGAGAUCGCGAAGGAGAAGGAAUUGAAGAGCGACACGGAAGAGAGAACAAUGUUGUUGCGAGAGGUAGAAACAUUGAGAGAAAAAGAGCAACAAGUAAAACAGCAAGUCGCUCGGUUCAGCGACGUCGAUCCAGAAGUAAUUGCAGAAAUGCACGAGAAAGCAGAGAAAUACAAGAAUGCGAUCAACGUGUGGACGGACAAUAUCUUUGCUAUUCAGAGCUGGUGUAAAAACAAAUUCGGCAUUUCCCAAAAAGAGCUCAAUAAGCAAUUUGACAUACCGGAGGACUUGGAUUACAAAGAGUGAAGUCUCUUUUCGUCAGUCUAUUUUAAUCCUACCUCGCCUACCUACUAAUCUAAGUUUUCAUACAAACAUACCAUUCGACUAGGAUGCCUUUUGUGACAUUUACCAUAUCCGAAUAAAAUAUCUGUGAUUCGAUGUAA